UAUCCCGCGGAACUCAUUGAUAUGUUUGCAAAUGGAUUUCCAGAGGACUGGAAAAGCACUCUGAAGGAAUACUUUUACGUAGUCAAAACUACAAAUCCUCUGAACGCAUCGCAUUACUUCAGUGUGAUGGCCAGAAGAAGGUCUUCUGGCUUUAUAAGAUGUCAAAGUCGCUUGUCCACAGGCACUGUCUUCAACAAGAGCAAUCGCCGCAGUGACCGGCUGUCAAUCCUUCCUGCUCCCGGAGCUUUACCCGUGCCCAUUGAAGAAGAGGACGAGCAAAAGGAAAAUAGCACUUCAAGAAAAAACUGGCUAGUAUUGGUUCCAAGUCCGAUUCUCUUCUUCGCAGGAGUGAGGUUGGAGGGUCGUGUUUCUGAUGAAGAGGACUCCAUCGUAUUCGUUCCUGCUGUGCACAGCAGCAAGCAUGACAGUCUCGAAAAUCUCCCGCGCAUCGAGUAUCCCGACUCCAUUGGUCCUGAAGAAAGUGAUCAGGACUUUUCUGUAGGAGUGAGUUUCUACUAUUCAUCCACUUUACAAGAUCACAUGCUCACUAAAUUCCAGCCUGUGUUUGAAGAGCCACAUGUCAGCAUAAGAGAGAUAGACGCACAAGCUAAGGAAAGCAAGGUUCUGGAUGAUGACAACCACCUUGCUGUUGUGCCAGUCUCUACAGAUGUUUUCAAGAUUCCAAGUCGACGGCCUUCCAAAGGUUUUACUGCUCUUUUUAACGAGUUCAGUUGUCCAUUGCUGUUUUAG